AUGGAUUCUGGUGAAUUGGACACCGCACACCAGGAUCAGCUGGUCUCAUGGUGCACUCACUUUGACGAAAAGUAUGGCUACCUCGGUGUUGAGAGAUUGGCGUCUCGGUACCGUGAUGGCCAGCAUUGUCGAUGCGUUUCCAAAGCCUGUGGGUCAUUCAAUCUCUGCAUAAAGGUUGUUUUCGACGACGAUACAGCCUGGGCCGUACGUUUUCCUUUACCCGGCCAAGUCAUGCAACCGAAAGAGAAGCUCCGCCGAGAAGCCGCUGUUCUGAAAUUCAUAGAAUACAACACGCGAAUACCUAUUCCAACGCUCGUCGCCUUUGGCUCUGCCACGGAGAACGAGGAUCCUGAGGUUGGACCUUAUAUCAUCACCACAUGGGUAGAGGGUGUGUCACUCGAGAGUUUGCUGGAAGAGCUUCCGCGUCCGGGUUGGAGCCCCGUCCUACGAGACGACAUCGAUGAUGAGAUUUUCUGUAAGAUAUAUAGCCAGAUGGCGGAUAUCUUGCUGGAGCUGGCUUCAAAAGACUUCGAAAGAAUAGGUUCUUUAACCAUGUCUGAAGAGAACAACCAACCUUCUUGGUCCAUUGUCACACGGCCUUUGACACAGAAGAUGAACGACAUAGAAUCAAACGAUUACGUUGUCGUCGACGGUAAGGCCUGA